AGAAGGAAGUUGUGCACCUGUCGCCGGGCCUUUCUGUGACUUGCUACACGUACUCGAUAAUCGGAGGUAAGAAACCUGUAUGACCGCUUUCUAAGAAUAACGCGAGCUCAACAAGUCGAAGGAGUUCUUAAAGCCUCGCAGACCGUCGCUGGGAAGGUGCUGACGGAACAAACCCGGACACAUCAGCGCUUCUGUGAAGCCUCAUGAUGGCAGACGCAGAGGAUGAAGGAGUUAAAGGAAGCGAGGCGCAGCAGCAGCAGCUGGAGGAGGUUCAGCUCAGCUCCUCUCCGGCCGGUCCGGAGGCCUCUCAGCCAGCUGCUGACCGCCCAGGGGACGCGCAGGAGCGGCCGGCGGAGAGCGUGGCGCCCCCCUCCCAGCGCGGUGCCCUGUCUGUGGAGCCCACCCUGCACCAGUUUAAAAUGAGGAAGUUCUUCGUGCUGAGGCCUGGCACUCUGAAUCAGGCCAUCAAAGACGUUGAAGCUCUGGUGAAUGAGGAGGUAGAUGGCAGCGUUCGCAGCGUUUGGCUGAUGGCAGAAGUGGAUCACUGGAACAAUGAAAAGGAGCGUCUUGUUGUCAUCACAGACUUGUCUCUCCUGGUCUUCAAGUACGACUUCAUGAUGUUCAACUGUGACCAGAUGCAGAGGAUCCCGCUGAACUUCGUGGACCGCAUCUCUCACGGUACCUUCAGCUUCCCGAAGCGUUCCCUGCUGCAGAGAGCAGGGGAGGGGGUGCGAAUCUUCUGGGACCGGCUGAGAGAGCCUUCCUUUACCUCCAAGUGGAACCCCUUUGCCACCGACUUCCCCUUCAUCACAUUCACGUACCACCCCGUGAGAAACAUCAGCGACGCCUUUGCUGCUCUCUGUGAUAUCGAGAAGUUUCGUGAGCAGCUGAAGGAUGCGGCGCAGAAGGUCCACGCCAUGAAGCCGGUUCCUGGGAAAGCCAAUGGCGUACUGGUCCUUAACCAGCCGAUCCACAUCGAGGCCUACGUGGGCUUCAUGUCUUUCCUCGGGAACGAGAACAAACUGGGCUACUGCAUGGCUCGUGGAAACUUGGGCUUCUAAUCUCUUUAACAUUUAAUGUAAUAAUUUUGGUGUUCCACAUGCUGGUUGCUCUUAUUUAUAAUCCUGUGAUUCAUGUUCAUUUGCUUACAGGCAGCUCGUGUGAAUUCUACAAAGAUUGGCCAGAAAUCUUCUUCGUGUUUUUCUCUGUGUUCAGUGUGAGCUUCAAACGACUGUGUGAUCACCCCCACUGCUUAUUACCAGUGUGGUGUCUGAGCACUCAGAAAUAUCCACAUUUCAACACCGCUCUUCACUGGAUGAUGGAUCCCCCGCUGCUCUCAAGGAGCUUUGUAUUUGCUCCUCAGUGAUAUGGUAAUUCAACUCUUUUGCAACGGGACUCCUUUCUUCCUCCCCCGGUGUGUCUGCUAAAAGCUCAUUCCCAUGCCAUUCAGCCCCUUAGAGAUUCACUGGAGCAUUGGGCCACAUUUGUCAGCUUAGUUUUAUCAUUCACAGUGUAUUUUUGCAGUGCAUACAGUCCUGGAAUUUCCCCUUAAUUUGUGUGUUUACCAGGCAUUGUGUGUUUGUCAGCCUGUAACACAGAGAAAAACAUGCAGCUGUCUUUAUUCAAAUUCCUUUGCUCUGCUUCUGCGAAAUACACUUUUCAUCAUGCAGCUACCUUUACCUGUUCAAGGAAAGUUACGUUCCAGUGGGUUUGGUGACACCUGUGUUAGAUGGUGGUAACUGCAAGUGUGGUUCAACACUACAGCCACGCUGGCUGAGAACGUACUUCAGCUUUGUUCUGUUUUUUCAGUGACUUAUUUAAUGAAGGCAUGCAGCAUUUCACCUUCAGUGUAAAUGACUGCACAUUGUAAAGUAUGGCUUGCGUUAGCAUUCCAGCUAAAGCUGAAGUCUCUGCAGUUGCCAUGUUUCCCACGAGGAGCCUCACCUCUUAAUGUUCAUCUUUAGCACCCUCCUAUGAAUCGGGUCUAGGCCAUCAUUUAUUUUUGGAAAAGCAUAAUUUCAGCUUCUGGAGACACAACACGUAAACAAAGAUACCACGGAGCAGCGUUCAGGGCUUCUCUGGAUCAAAGUGGGCAUUUUAGGGAGUGAUUGGUCUGCAUAUAGUUAUGGCAAUGAGUCUGUAUUAAGGUUUUGAUAAAGAAAAAUGGGUUUUGUGCUUAAGUAACC